CCUCCUCCUCCUCCUCGCCUGCAGCUAAUUCUCUCUCAGAGACUCACUAGAACGAGACCAGAACUUUCCUAACCGGCUGUUUCAGAGCAGAAAAAAAGUAGUUUUUGACGGUCUUUUCUGCGUUUWCUGUCGCUUUUUGAKCGCUAAAGGGACUUGGUUCUCCCGGUCAGGACUCGGGAGGUUAACGAGGAGGAUGAGGGAGGGAAAGGAGCGACGCAGAGGGAGCGAGGGGAAACUCGAGAACCAAAUUAAAACUGGCAGGGAGGUCGGAGACAGCAUCAUUAAUCAAUGAGGGAGACUCGUCUUCCUCUAAACAUGGCACAACAUUCAUUAAAGGAGAUUCUGCUGGUGUUAAAGAUUCCUCGUGGAUUUCUGGGACAGUAGAGGGUCUCUGUGAGCUCAGAGAGCACAUGAAUUACCAUCUGCAGCCUCACAGUCCUCUACGUUGAUGAAAUCUGGUUUGAGAACCGAAGAGCUGGACUCUCUAGGGCGUAGUCUUUAAAAUCGGCCCGGACGGAUGUUGGCAAUGAUAGCAGUACCAAGGAGAGGAUAAAGUUUAGACUGUUCUAGCAAGCAUUUACCACACAGACACGCUGACUGGCAGAGAAAGCAGUGCAACAGGUUGGUAGACUGAGAAAUUCUUUGGAGGUCACCAUGCCAGACGAGUCACAGAGUUUUCAGGACCKGUUCAGGACUGAGGAAGAAGCUCCGCAGGUGUCUUUAGUUCCCAACAUUGUUGUCAUCUCCAGCAACGAGAAGGGCAAAAGUGACUUAUUGGAGCUUGAUGACCUCAAGCGACCCGCACACAGCAGCAACACGAGGGGUUUGAAACGAAAGGACAGGAGCGCGAGUCUUCCUGGUGAGAGCCAGUCUGGACUUGGUGCAUCCCAGGUUUCAGUACAGGUKGGGGAGGUGAAAACAGCACACGUCCCCAAACCCCUAAAAACUGUGUUUUUUAUGAAGGGGGGACAAAUGACCCCACAGAGAACUGAUACCGAGGCUCCAGUUACCUCGUCCAAUAAUAAGCUACAACAUGACAGCACUGAUUCAGGCUACAGCAGCACAAUGUCCAUUUCUGGACAGUGCAACCAAGAGACACUGGAGCUUAAUGGAAAAUCCUUCGCGAAGRCCAGCUCGAUCUCUAAUGGCAACCUUUAUGACAAACCGAAUGACAUCUCCRAAGACAGCCUGGAUAACGGCAGGUCGGCCUCUUUCAAAGCUGACCAAACCAGGGACAGAGCGGGGAGCAAAAACAACGACGACGAUGACGGGCACAGCAUGCGGUCCAGGCGGAGCGUGAAGGAGGGGAUGUGUUGCUGUUAUCAGACCACCAGCAGGGCCUUUCUGCAAUGCGUGGAGGAGACCCCCGCCAUGCUGUCAGGACUGCUGCUGUCUUUGAUCUUCUGCGUGGUCAUCAUUGUUCUCAUUCCUGCCACAGGACGGUUCACUCUCCAGGACACAGUGACUCACGUGGGUGCCCUGGCCGUGGUGUGCGUGGUUCUCUGUCUGAGCGUGCUCCUGCUCGUCUGCCUGCCCUGGCUGGCCACCAUGAGGCGCUGCGGAGGAGCGCUGGUGCUCUUCGUCUGGGGGACGCUGUACACCACAGCCAUGGUCUUCGUCUUCACGGGAGGGCCUGUGACACCGUGGGAACAAGUAGCGUUUUUCCUCUUCCUGUCUCUGAGCGUGUACACAGUGCUGCCUCUAAAUCUGGCCUGGGCCCUCAUGGUUGGGAUAGGGACCAGUGUUUCACAYAUCAUCAUCAUCAGCGUGUACAUCCCCGUCACGAACCCAGACACCCCGGAGCUGGCUGAGCAGUUGGUGGCGAAUGCUGUGCUGUUCAUCUGUGUGAACGGCAUUGGGUUCUUUCACAUGUGGAUGGCCAAGAGAGAUCUCAGGAAGUCCAAUCAGAAGAGACAAGAUUACAGCACCAUACGUUCACAGAAGGAAGUCAAGAACUAUCAGCAGGAGGGGCUUCUUCUGUCGGUGUUACCUCGCUACAUCGCCGAAAAGCUGAAGGAUGAGGUGAAAAUGAAACUGACCAAGUCCAAAGGACAGAACGACAACGACACCAGCCUAAACAACUUUCACAGCCUUUAUGUAGAGAAUCACAAAAAUGUCAGCAUCCUGUAUGCAGACAUYGUGGGCUUCACAAAGCUGGCCAGUACCUGUUCUCCAGAGGAACUGGUCUCUGUUCUCAAUAAGCUUUUUGGCAAAUUUGAUGAGAUCGCAAAGAAGAACGGCUGUCUUCGCAUCAAGAUCCUGGGUGACUGCUACUACUGUGUGUCCGGUCUGCCGGACCCCAUUUCCACCCACGCUGAGAACUGUGUUCAGAUGGGGCUGGACAUGUGCACUGCCAUCAACGACCUGCGAGAGGUGACGGAGGUGGACAUCAACAUGAGAGUUGGCGUUCACACUGGUAACGUGCUCUCGGGUGUGAUUGGCCUGCAGAAGUGGCAGUAUGACGUGUGGUCAGAUGAUGCCACUUUGGCCAAUCAGAUGGAGUCRGGGGGUGUUCCUGGGCGCGUCCACAUAACGGAGGAAACACUACAGCACCUGAAUGGAAAAUACGAGGUGGAAGAUGGGAAUGGAGAAAGUCGUAACCCUCAUCUUAAGGGGAAAAAAACAUACCUUGUGAUUGACCCCAACAAGCCACACAAUAUUUCCCAGAGGCCUAAAGCAGUCAACAGGCUUAUAACAGAAGAGACCAAGAAGCGKGCAUCUCUCCGAAUGUCUCAGUAUCUCAAGUCAUGGAAAGCCGUCCAUCCUUUUGAAGACCUAAGCAACCCUGAAAAAAAGAAGGGGUUCAAGAAUCUUAAAGUUGCCAUAAAACUGCCACAUCUGGAAGGACCAGCUUCUCGUGACAGACCUAACCGUCUCUCUGUUGACAGCAGUGUGAGGGGAUCACAGGACACGGUGGACAUUAUAGGGAAGAAAACAAAGAAACUCAACUGGUUGACUCUUCUGUUUAAAGACUUCAACUUAGAAAAAGAGUUUCGUUUUUCGGAGGUCACGGAUGUCCACCACUCAAUGAGCUGCAUGGCCGCAGUCUUCGUCACUCUCUUCACGGUCCAGAUGCUCGUCUCUGAAAAGAACUAUCAGAUGGGAGUGUCUUAUGGUGUGACGUUUCUUGCGAUGUUGCUGCUUCUGCUUGUUGCUCUCACUGAWCAUAUAGAGAAAUUACGCUCUAAGAUGCCUCUGAAUGCUCAGUGGGUCAGAUAUCUGUCACGGGCCGUUUCAACCAAGGCGGCGCUGCGGCUGUUUCUGGUCAUUCUCUGUGUCCUCAUCACCUUACUCAUGGCUUUCCUCAACAUCGUCUUCCUCCGAGGAGACAACUGCACCUCAGUGGCUAACGUCACGGAGUUAGACGGACUCAGACUGUAUACUGUACCUUACUACCUGYACUGCUGCCUGCUGGCCAUGCUGGGAGUCAUCGUGUUCAUCAAGAUCUGCUUCUCUGUGAAGUUUCUGCUGCUCACCCUGGCCGUGGUGGUGUACCUGGCCCUCUUCCUCCACGUCUACUCCCCGAGGUCCCGCUGCCUCGUUGAGCUGCUGUACAGAAACGGCUUAAAGCCCGGCAUCCUGAAAGACCCUCAGAUCAUGUCUGGGAUUUGGCUGAUCAUCUUUUACAUCGUGUGCCUCAUUCUGGCCAGACGGGAUGAGCUGACUUGUCGUGUGGACUUCCUGCUGGACAAGUGUUUCAAAACAGAGCAAGAGGAGAUGGAGACCAUCGAGAUCAUCAACAAGCUGCUGCUUGACAACGUCAUGCCGCCUCAUGUCGGCUCGUUCUUCAUGGGCAAAACUUUUAGCAACCAACAUCUGUACAGUCAGUCCUACGAGUGUGUGUGCGUGAUGUUUGCCUCCAUCCCUCAGUUCAAAGACUUUUACACCGAGAGCAACGAGAACGGAGACGGUCUGGAGUGUUUGCGUCUCCUCAAUGAAAUGAUCGUAGACUUUGACGAGCUUCUGAUGAAGCCCAAGUUUUCCUUAGUAGAGAAGAUUAAGACGAUCGGCAGCACCUACAUGGCUGCCGUAGGGCUGGCACACUUGCCCGAAGGAGAAGACAAAAAGGACGUGGACAUGACCUACAGCCACGUGCGCUGCAUGCUGGAGUUUGCCAUCGCCAUGAGAGUCAAACUGGAGCAGAUCAACUCGCACUCCUUUAACAACUUCAAAUUCAGGAUUGGAAUUAAUCACGGCCCAGUGAUUGCAGGAGUUAUUGGAGCCCGUAAACCUCAGUAUGAUAUCUGGGGGAACACAGUUAAUGUUGCCAGCAGGAUGGACAGCACAGGAGAGCUGGACAAAAUACAGGUGACGGAGGAAACAGCCCAAAUCGUCCAAAGCGURGGAUACGAAGUUACGCUCCGAGGAAAGAUCAGCGUGAAGGGCAAAGGGCAGCUCACCACCUACUACGUUAACACCGACUAGUCGUCUCCUCAGUUCUGGUCYGAGUCGAGCUGCCGUGAAAGACCUGAUCCCGAGUUGGAACAAAACCAGACGAAGCUACGAGACUCAUUCUGGUUCAGUCACUCAUCGGUGGCRAGGACUUAAAGCGCCGCUGCGUGUUCAGCCAGGCCCGGGAGUGUUUACAGACACCUCCACUGACUCAGUCCUUUGAGACAAACAACAUGUUGCUCAUUCGUCUUCAAAGACGUCACCKUUGUUGUCUCAGACGAGACACUGAAAACAGUCCCUACACUACGCAUGAAACUACAAGAAACCACUGACUCAUGAACUGCACAGUCAUCAUGCUACUAUCUACUCUAGAAUAAGCUGUUUUUAAAUAGUUCUUGAAAUAAAUUUAACCAUGGCUGAAAUGUAUACACUGUCCAGUUCCAACACAAAGUCAAAUCAUUAAAGAGAAGUAGUUUUAUUUUACAAAAACACUACUUUUUAUAGAAGAAAUGUAACUGUCGGAAAGCAAAGCCUACUGUGUCUAACGUGAGUCAUUUAUGUUUUUAUGUAUUCCCAGGUGAAGAAAAAAAAAGCUGUUAAAAUAUAGCUUCAGCUUCUAUAGAUGCACAACAAAAGUACACGUUAUUCAUAAUGAGGAAAAAUGUCAAAGAUGUUUUUCAUUCCAGACAUUUUAUAACCUGUUCAAAUGAGGGGGAAAAAACACACUUUUUGUCUUUUCAKUUACAAUGGUUACGUGGGGGAAAGACUCCGCUUAAAAAUACUUUUGUUCAUAUAUAUUUUGAUAUUUGCUUUAUCCACAAAUGAGUGAUAAAAUAAACCUACAAGGUGAAAAAAAUGGAGAAUUUAUUUUGAUAAAUGUUUUGGUCAGUUUAAAAUAAUUCAAAUUGGCAAAAAAAAAUCCCCUUUUGUUUGACUGGCGAUAAAAGUUGAAUCACUGUGACCAUGUUGCUGGGAAAUGUGGUUGUGAUUGAAAUUUAUUCAACUGAAACCCUUCAUGCAAGUGAUGCCAUGAAAACUUGACAAUGCACUUUUUAAUGUUUAUUUAGGAAAAUGCAUGUUAAUCAGGUUCUCCUUAUCUGUACUGUAUUUUUAUGAAGUCUGAUAAGAAAUGUGGACUGAAGAAAAUCUUAAAUGGAUUUUUUUUCUAUUCCUAUUUAUAAAGCAAUUAAAAAAAGUAAGUUCG